CCCGUCCUGUCCCGUCCCGCCCCGAUCUUUUUUUAUGAAACGGGAUGGCAUACUUUUCUGUAUAACAUUAAUUUUUCCUUUUAUAUUUCCAAUAUUCACACAAGAUCGCUACCAACCCUUCAAAACCAGUAUAAAUCCUAUCAUGCUACUGACUCAUUUGAACCUUGAAAUCCACUUUGCUUUCUGUUUUCAGUUAUGUGUUCUGAAACAUCUUCACCUCGUUUCUCUUUCUCCAAUGAUGUUUCAACAAUGAAACAUGAUGAUAAUGAUGUUCCUCGUAGAGACACAUCUCUUCUUGAAUCAAAUCCUGAUUUUGAAUUCAUCACUAGCAAAACCAUCGAGUUUGAAACAUCUUCAGCUGAUGAACUUUUCUGUAAUGGAGUAUUACUUCCAUUGCAGAUAACAAACAACAAGAAAAUCAUCACUGAGAAUUAUAAGGAACAUCCUCCUCCAGGUACGAUGAAUCUUCCGCCUCGUCCAUUUUCGACUAAAAUAAAGAAACAAGUUGAAGAAAAAUAUACUCAAACAAGUUCUUUUUGGGGAUUCAAAAGAAGCAAAAGUCUUGAUUGUGAUGCAAAGAAAAGUUUUACAUGCUUUUCGCCUCCUUUGUCGCGAAGCAAUUCGACAGGUUCAUGGUCGAAUCUAAGGAGAAUGAGUUCGAACAGGCAACAAUCAUCAUGUUCUGCAUGGAAUAACUUGUAUCCUGUACAAAAGUUUUGUUCAGGUAAGAGUUAUGAAAAUGGUUUUAGGACUAGUCCAGUUAUAAAUGUAUCAACUAUUUGUUGUGGAUUGGGUUCAUUCUUUAGUGUUGGGAAGCCUAAGAAGAAUAAUAAUUGAUUCGAAGGUGUGUUUGGUGUCGGAUGCACGCUUAUGGUUACAUUCAAUUAGUUUAUUUGGUCAAAGAAUUAUGAAAGUGAUUGUAUGUUUUAUAUCACUUAAAUAUAUAUUGAUUUGAAUGCGUGUUUGAUGUCUAACCGAUGUAGUUACAUUCAAUUAUUUUAUUUUUUCCGAAGAAUUAUGAAUGUGAAUGUGAUCGGAUGUUGUAUAUUAGUGAAUAGCAAAACCUUUUUAAAUCUAAACUUACAUAUAGUAUUAUCUCAAAUG